AUGGUAUGCUUUAGAGUCGAGCUAUUGAGUCGAGGUGGUGUUUUGCUUUUUCUGCGUGACGAGUUACUAACGCUUUCAGUAGCAACACGAAGUCAAGAGAGCUCAUUUGACGGAGGAGCAGCUACUUCAAAAAUACGAAAAAGAUAAACCCAAAAUCGCCCACUACAACGAGUUGACCGCCUACUUGUUUGAACAGAGACAACACCAAAUCUACAAUGAGCAAACACUUCAAUUCACAACGAGCUUGCUUAAGUUGAACCCGGAGUUUUACACAAUGUGGAACUAUAGACGAGAAAUCAUGCAUCACAUGUAUUCGCCAACGCCAGAUAUCUACGUUCGUGUCCUCAAUGACGAGUUGAACUUUGUUCUUGCUUCGCUCAAGAGGUUCCCCAAAGUGUACUGGAUAUGGAAUCACCGCAGCUGGUGUCUAUUCAAACUCGUGGAGUUGAAAUCGGUCAAUUGGGAAUUUGAGUUCAAGACCGUGAGUAAGAUGUUGGAGUUGGACCAGCGGAAUUUCCAUGGAUGGCACUAUAGAAGAUUUGUCGUUGAAAACUUGGAAUUGGAACAACAGCAGCAGCAAGUGGAACUGGGUGGAGAUAAAAACGAUGGCAAGGGUGAUGGCGACGAUAAUAGCAAUAAAUUGGCGAUUCUACAAUUGAAUUUCGACGAGUUUGAUUACACCACCAGCAAGAUCCAACGCGAUUUUCUGAAUUUUUCAGCAUGGCAUAACCGAACCAAACUUAUACCGAAAAUAUUCCACUUGCUCAGCGACACCAAACUGGCAAACGAGACCUUGGUGGAUACGGUGGAUAAGGAGAAGCUCGAGCUUUUCAAAACACCGUUAUCGAUCCUUCACAAUGACCUCGCAAUUUUACGCACCGGAAUAUACAUGAGCCCCGAGGACAAUUCAGUUUGGCUCUACUUGUACUGGCUUCUAUCCGAUGAUUUUUUCGUUCUGGCUUUUGAAACACGCGAAAAAUAUCUCGAGAUAUUGAACGAUCAAUUGUCCCUUAUUCAUGAAGUUAAUGAUUUGGAGAAAGACGACACGGGACUGGACAACGUGGGCUGUUUGAAAAGCUUGGUGUAUGUGCAUGCAUUGAUUGAUGGGGUCAAAGGUGUUGAUGUCUUGGAUGAUGCCAACAUUGUGUCGGCUUUGCAAAAAUUGGUGCAGUUGGACUCUUUGAGGAAGCAUCGUUACGAGGAUCAGUUGCUGGGGAAGGCACCGGUGAUUUAA